AUUUUUAGAUACGAAAACAUUGGUUAUCGAUCGACUUCGUACCGUAGCAGUUAUCGGCAAGCACACUAUCCAACUCUUCAAGAUGAACAACAUCUGCGUAAAAGGGCAUUAUCGGCACAUUCCAUUUCACAAACCGACGUCCCGAAUAGCGCAUGUUACAAUAUUCGCCUGGAGAAUGCAACGUUUCAGUUCAAGCAGGAAGCGAAGACAAAUAUCCCUGAGGAUGACGACAUAACUCCAACAAUUGAGCAUCCCGAACCGUUACGACGUCUUCCGACUAGUUUCUCCUGUCAGGCAGGAUUUUCGACAGCCAGCCUUGAUCGAAGGGUUGUAGUGCAGAGACCUUCGCCACCAUCGGCAAAUGGAGGCAUCAAUUCGUCGCAUCGUGAAUCGCAGCCCUAUUCGAUAUCUCCUUCUCGUGGGCAUUCACCGGCUGCUCAUCGAAUUACGACGUUCCCUGUUUGUAAUCCAACCAAUGGGAAUUUUGAUAGGAAACCAUUUUCGUCAUCGGACCUUCGCGCUAUCAACCUGCUGUGA